AUGGCUGACACUGCCACCGAGCCGACUAUGCUAUCUGAGCACUCGCCCGCAGCGCUAGUCGACACCCACGCGCCCGCCGACUCGUCCAACACGCGCGAAGUCGAGGCGGAGGUCCCGGCGGCUGGCAGCGAGGGGACAGCUGCUGGUGGAGCCCAGGAUGCUGAGGAAGAGGUCAAGGAGCUUCCGGUCGAGCAGGAGGCGCAGCAGGAGCUGGGAGAAGGGUCCGCUCCUCCUCCCGCAGCCGACUCCACGCCUGUUCCCGAAACCAACGGCGCCGCUGAACCCGAGUCCCUCGCUCCUCCCGUGCCCGAAGUCGCUCCCGCCGCGUCGAACCCGCCAACCAAGCCCGGUACCGCGACGAAGCGGCCCUCGACUCUCCCGCCUUCCUCUGCUCCCAGCGCCCGACCGCGCCCUGGCGCACCUCCUACGGCCGCUCCUGCGACAGCGACGACUCGUCGACCGCUAGGUGCCGCGACGGGCACAGCGGGAAGGCCGUCGACUGUCGGAUCGAGCGCGACAAUUGGCGGCGUGAGGCGAACGGCGGCUCCUGGCGCGCCGGCUGCUGCGGGAUCAACUACCAACGGAAUUCGUCGCGCUCCUCCCUCGACUGGAGCGCCGGCACCUGGCGCAGGGCACGCUCGCCGUCCUUCGACCCUCUCUUCCGCCUCGACCUCCUCCACGACCAGGCCUCCCCCUUCAUCCACCGGCUCGACGACCGCGAGUCGCGCCCCUCUCCGCUCGUCUAUCAGCUCGACUCGCGAGCGACCAGCUGGCGGGAUCGUCUCGCCCGCCAAGCCGCCUCUUUCGUCUGCCGCCGCACGCUCGGCGACUACGGCUGGAGCCGGAGUCCGCAGGCCUCUCGCUUCCUCCACGACUCCAAGUGCGACUACCGCCCGCGCCCGUCCUUCGACGACUACUGCGACCGCCCGCCCUGGCUCGUCCCUCUCAACUCGUUCGUCUGCCUCGACCGGCGUUGUUGGGCGUCCCGCAGCAUCGGGGGCCGCAGCGCUGAAGGAGAAGGAUGAGCGGAUCAAAGAGCUGGAGAAGCAGGUUGAGGAUCUCAAGGCGGAGAAGGAGAGAGUUGAGAAGGAGCGUGAGGACGAGGCGGGAAAGAGGGACGCCGAGCUGCAGGAGCUGAAGAGUCGGGUCGAGGCGCUCGAGAAAGAGCUCGACGGGGUCAAGCGGGAAAGGGACGAGAUCAAGUCGUCACACGUCGCAAGCGCCGAACUCGACACACUCCGCUCAUCUCACGCCGACGAGCUCGACUCUCUUCGUACCUCCCACGCUUCCGCCAUCGACGAGCUCAAGUCCUCACACGUGCCCUCAACCGAGCUUGACACCCUGCGCGACUCGCACGCCGCCGAACUUGACUCGCUCCGACAAAGCCAUGCCUCCGCCCUCAACGAGCUCAAGUUGUCGCAAGUCGACGCAUCGGAGCUCGACACAUUGCGGGCAUCUCACGCAGAGCGGAUCGCCGAGCUCGAGGCCAAGCACCGCGAGGAGGUCGAGCAGCUUCGGGCAGAGCUCGAGGCGUUGCGGUCGUCGCAAGCCGGGGAAGCCGACUUGCUCCGAUCGUCGCACGCCGAAGAGCUUGAGAGUCUCAAAUCGUCGCACGCCGCCGCGAUGGAGGACCUGUCGAGCAAGCAUGCGAAGGAGGUCGAGGAGAUCAAGGCGUCGCACGUUCCCGCAUCUGAGCUCGACUCGGUCCGCUCUUCGCACGCCGAGGACCUGGAGUCUCUGCGCUCCUCUCACGCCGACGAGAUUGGCAAGCUCCGCACCAUGCACGCCCAAAAACUUGACUCGCUCCGGCUCUCGCACGUCCCGUCUUCUGAGCUCGACGACCUGCGGGCCUCCCACGCCUCCGAACUCGAGUCGACUCGUGCGACCGAGGCGCAGACGUGGCAGGAGAAGCUCGCUGCGCUCCAGAAGGACCACGAGGGCGAGCUCGAGCGUGUCAAGGCUCAGGCGAGCAGCGGCGAUGAGGGCAAGGCUCAGGAGGUCGAGGCGCUGAGGAGUGAGCUCGAGGCUUUGCGAGAAGAGAAGGAGGCGUGGGCGAAGGAGCAGGAGGAGCUGAAGAGUCGAGUCAAGUCGCUCUCCGACGAGCACGACUUUGCUCUCUCGACCCUCCGCGACGAGCACGCCUCGGCCCUCUCAUCGACUCGCGAGGAGCUUCUCUCGACGCACUCGUCUGACUUGGCACAGCUCCGCUCGGCCUCCGACGCUUCGCUCGCUCAACUCCGCUCGUCUCACGCCGACGAGCUCGCCUCCCUCCGUCAGCAGCUCGCGGAUGCCGAGUCCAGCGCCGAGCAGAAGCGAGUUGCCGGAGACAACAGCCUGAAGGUCGAGCUCGAUGCGACCAGGGCUGACCUCGACAAGGCGAAGAAGGCGAUCGCCGAGCUCGAGGAGACCGUGCGGUCGUCGAACGACAAGCUCGAGCAGGCGCAGCACGCCCUGAGCCAGGCUGAGAAGCAGGCUGCCGCCGCUGCUUCUACUCCGGCCAGCGCCGACUCGGAGAAGCUCGCCGCUCUCGAAGCCCGCCUCGCCGAUGCGCAGAAGGAGCUCGAAGAUGCGCACUUCGCCCUCCAGUCGACGCAGGAGUCGACCGCCGCGCAGCUCACCGAGCUCGAAACAAUGCACGAGCGCGAGCUGGCCUCGAAGGAGGAGGACCACGUCAACUUGCUUAAGCGCCGGACGGACGACCACACCACGGCUCUUGUCGAGUUGCAAAACAAGCUGCUCGCCGUCGAGGAAGACCGCGAGCACCUCAGGCAGGAGCUCGUCGAUGCCCAGCAAAAGGCGCUCAAGUCGAGCCAGUCGCUCGCCGGCGCCGUCACCGAUGUCGACAUCAAGGCUCUGCAUGCAGCACACGAAGCCAAGCUCGGCGAGGUCGAGAGGGAGUACACGGCCAAGAUUGAGGAGCUGAACCAGGCUGUCUCCCGACUUGAGCAUGAGGUGCAGCUUUAUCGAGACAGCGAGGAGUGA